ACACCAAGAUGGCGGCCCGGUUCUACGUCAGUGCCAUUAGGAAGUAGCGGUCGUUGCGACUCCGUCACCAAUACUUUUGUUAGGAUAUAGAAGUUCUAACAGGACAUAAUCGCUCAUUAACUCCUCAUCACUAACGAAAUCUGAACAUUUACCGCAAUUAUCCCAAGGUCUCUCAUGCUUAUUUUCACUGCUCGCACUCGCGAGGAUGUAGUUCGACGUCGUGUUGAAACGAGCUGCUGUGAUUGGAUAAUUUUCAUGUCGUUAUUUCCUGCUGUCAGUAUCGACAUUUCCGGAAGAAGCGGAAAACAACAGUAGAUUCAUUUUUUUCGGUAAAUAGUCCAACUACGAAAUACAAACAGACAUUCAGAUUUGACUAUUCUCCCGACAUUUCGACAUGGUGAGUAAGAUUCUGUUUAGUUUCAUCACUGUCUGCACUUGUGUUAAAUCAAAACAAACGUUCAUGCAGCAGUUUAGCUAACGACAGGCUAAUAACAACAAGCAGAAAGAUGCUCUGUCAUGUCGCACUCAAGUCCUUCGUUAACGCUGUGGGGUUUUGUUUCUUUCGUAGUUUUCCUUCCAUGUUUUCGACCCGAUGACCCGGGGCUUUCAGAACCGUUUCUCCACUCAGUACCGAUGCUACUCUGUGUCCAUGCUGGCUGGACCCAAUGAUCGCUCCGAUGUGGAGAAAGGAGGCAAAAGUAAGUAUUUUCCUGUCCAGCUGCUCCUACACCUUCAUAAACUAUGUGGUAAAUGUUUGAGAACAAACAAGGACACCUUCUGUUUCUGAUCCUGUUGACACACGGUGAUCUGAGCUGAAACAAGACGAUGAAGUUUGUAUGAUGCCAACUCAUGGAAAGGUCUGAUCCAAAGACCCCUACACUUAAACUUUUCACAUAUGGACUAAAUCCUCUGAGAGGGUCUGCAGACUUCUAAAAAGACAGUUUUUCAGUUGUGGAACCACUUAUUUUUUAACCACUAGACCACGUUGGACUAGGUUCUGAUCCAAAAUCCCCAAACAGCCAGGCGCAGACAAGGCUUAAGGAAACUGUGCUUUAAGAAGACUUAGAUGAGAAAACUUGAGAGGUCUAGGUCUUGCAGGUCUGGAUUAAGACCUGGUCUAAUGUGGUCCAGACAGAACUAAACAAGUGGUAUCACCUGUUUUAACAGUGUUACUAUAGAGUAUAAAUUAAAAGUUAAAAAAAAAAAACACUGAAGCUGUUUAAGAGGGCUGAGGAAUCUCUGAGGUAAUCCAAGCCAGUCCCGAGAUUUCCCUGUGUGUGGAGAUCCCGUAUCAAGAACCUGUUUCCAUAACCUUCCCUGUGACAGCCAGGGCCAUUGCCCAGUAGUUUUGUCCCACCUUAAAAGACCCUCUGUCAGAAGAAAUGGAUGUUUGUACCACGAAUCUCUUAUAAUCUGUUAGCAUCUUUUUCUGCUGUUGCUCACUGUCAAACUAGAGUUUAUCUCAUUCUUCUGUUUAGCCGCUCUCUAAACAUGUAUUUGUGACAAUGAGAUUUUAAGGUGCCGAUGCAGUCCUACUUUCCUUUAAUGACAUAAAGAUAUCUCAGUGUUUUUGCUGUUUCUCUUCACACAUCUAAAUAAGUGGGAAGGUUUUAAGGGGAUUUUUCUUGCUUUACGACCAAUACUUGCUUUGUGGUAUAAACCUACACCUUCACUUUCUGAUUGGUACUUGGUUAUAAGUUACAAAAACAGCAAAAUGCCUCCCAGUUCAGCCAGUGAAAACUGAAUCCUCUUGACACUUCAAGACCCACAGACUUGUCUUUUUCCUUGAAUAACAAGUUUCAUUUUUGUGUCCCAAAUUUUUAACAACAACAACAAAGAACUUUCUAAUUUUAGUGUAAGAUACUCUGAUAUGUACAUUUGUCUAAGAUGAUCAAGGUCUAGAUUUCUCCUUUAAGUGGAUCAGGUUUAUCCAUAAUACGCAGUGAAAUCUAUUGUAUUUACUGACCUGUGUGUGGUUUGUGUCUAAUGUUUCAUCUCUCUCAACUUUUUUCAGUAAUAAUGCCUCCUUCAGCUCUUGACCAGCUCAGUAAGUGCAAGUUUAAUCAAGCAGCACCAGUGGUUUCCCUUCGGGGAUCAAUAAAGUUCUUCUUCUUGUUAUUUAAAAAUCCUAUAUGAAUUUCCUUUGAAUGACACAUUUCUUUUCAUUCUCUGUGUGCAGGCAGGCUGAAUAUCACAUAUCCAAUGUUGUUCAAGCUGACCAACAAGAACUCAGACAGACAGACACACUGUGGUGUUCUGGAGUUUGUAGCAGAUGAGGGAAUCUGUUACCUCCCACACUGGGUGAGAUACAGGAACAAGGGCGGGGUGCUAUGAUUUAAAAAGAAUUAGUUCCUGAAAUAUGGAGCAUAACAGAGUUUUUAGACAUUCAUGGACAAAAUGUAUACACAUAGAUAGAAAAAUAAAUUUCAUGCCAUCGUUCUCAUCACACCGUAAAUCUUCUGUUUUUGAUUUUGGUGGUUUGGUGUCAAUCAAGUCUGAACAGAUGUUUAAUUUUUGUCCCUUCAGAUGAUGCAGAAUCUUUUGCUGGAGGAAGGCGGUCUGGUCCAGGUAGAAAGUGUGAACCUCAUGGUGGCCACUUACUCAAAGUUCCAGCCACAGAGCCCUGACUUCCUGGACAUCACAAACCCCAAAGCAGUGUAAGAAAUAUCAGUUUGCACCUUUGAAUUUGGACUCAAAUGCUCACAGUUUGCAUUUAAGUAAAGUAAUGGAGUUCAUUCUUUAUUGCAGUCUGGAGAAUGCUUUGAGAAAUUUUGCCUGCCUGACAACAGGUGAUGUCAUAGCUAUCAACUAUAAUGAAAAGGUACAUCAAUGUUUUUCAAUUGUUCUGUGAAAAAAAAAAGUUUGUUUAUUUUUAUUUUUUUGCUGAACUUGACUGUCGAUGAACUUUGUUUUACUUCAGAUCUAUGAGCUGCGAGUGAUGGAGACCAAACCAGACAAAGCAGUCUCUAUCAUUGAGUGUGAUAUGAAUGUAAGAGCCUUUUGGAUUAUGACAGAUAACAGUUAAUUAUUCUGGAGAGUUCUUCAUGCUUGAUGUGUUCUGACUCUGGCUCUCAGGUGGAUUUUGAUGCUCCGCUGGGUUACAAAGAGCCUGAACGUCGACCUCAGCACCAGGAAGAACCCGAUGUAAGGAUUUAACCCUUAAGGUCCAUUUAUACACGAAGUGCUCUGAACAGUUUGAUGAAACAAAUUUCUCUACAGGAAGAAGAAGCAGAUGUGAGCAGUUAUGCAGACAUGGACACAGGUUUCAGAGUGAGUGAUUACAGUGUGCGGCAGAGGAGUAAAUGUUUUCAUAGGUUUGGUGUUUGGACCUGUUGUAAAUUGUAAUCCUUUUUUUAACCCUCAGGCUUUCACUGGCUCAGGCAAUCGGUUGGACGGAAAAACAAAAGGGAUUGAGCCCAGCCCAGCUCCUCUUGGUCCAAGUGACAUCAAAAGGUGAGAAGGUGUUCAGUAAAUUAGACUUGUGGUUGACGGCUUUUACAGGAUUGUUUAUUCAAAAGUUAAUGCUGAUGCUAAUACUAAUGGAGCAGGUUAGUACGAUAUUUACCAGUGGUUCCCAAGUCCAGUCCUCGAGGCCCACUGUCCUGCAUGUUUUGGAUGUUUCCCUGCUCCAACACACCUGAUUCAAAUGAUGAGCUCGUUAUCAAGCUCUGUAAUGGCUUACUAACGAGCUGAUCAUUUGAAUCAGGUGUGUUGGAGCAGGGAAACAUCCAAAACAUGCAGGACAGUGGGCCUCGAGGACUGGACUUGGGAACCACUGGUAUAGACGAUAUAUAGAGCAGAUGUCACAUUGUUUUUAUUUGCAUUUAACACAAUACAGCACUUUUAAACUAAUAUAAAUGAUAAUCUUGCACAUUAUUCUGUGCACAUUACAAUCUGAUAUGUAUGAUUAUUUUAGCCAGUAAUGUUUCAUAUUAAUUUUUGAUUAAUUUAUGAAAUAGAAACAAAACAUUGGUUUUAGAUUAGACUUGACUGAUAUUAAUGUGAGCAGCAACACAAAACUGCUCAAUUCUAUACAUCAGAACAGAAUUUAUAUUCAACACCUGUCUGUAACUGUUUUAUAUUGAAAGUGCUGGCAUUUAGGUUUGGGACAAAGUGUUAUAGUUAUGAAGGGAGACAUCAAUACUACUAACUCUGAUUUUUUUCUGUGCAGACUGGUUUUUACAUUUUAUACCUACAUUAGACGUCAGAUGAUAUAGAACAAAGUGAAAAGGAAGAUAAAGGCGAUGAUUACAGCUGACUAAGCACUUAACGCACUGGACCAAUCAUUACCUUCAGUGAUGAAACCUCAGUGGGCUUUCUUGCUCCAAAUUUGACAAACACAGUGACAUCUAGUGGUUUGAAAAUCGCAUUGAGGCCCUCGAUUGGUUCAUGCUGUUGAUGUGCGUGGAUUUAUUAAAGGAUGGAAGAAAUAAGUUUUUAAAAAGCCUUAGUGUUAUAAAAUAAAGCUAAAAGCAUACUUUUUUAGAUUUACUUAACCAAUUACAGAGUAUUUUCCUCUAUGGUGCAAUGAAUAAAUUUGCACUGACAUGUAGCCUUUAAAAUUAUUACUAUUGUUCUUUUAAUUAAUUUAUUUUUAAAUUAUUAUUAUUAUUUUUUUUUUGUUAUUUAAUAAAUUUUUUUGUAGCCUUAAAAUGUGAUGUCUGUUUGGUCUGAAUAAUGACUCUGACAUUAAACCAGUCUGCCAGUGUUUGUUAUUAACCUGUAUUUUCUCAUCACACAGGGGCAUUCCCAACUACGAGUUCAAAGUUGGCAGGAUCACCUUCAUCAGGAACUCAAAGCCUCAGCCCAAGAAGUUUGUUGAAGAUGUGCGUAGUUUUUUAUCUUGAAUGAUUUGAUGUUUAAAGUUAGACAUGGCCAUACAGUUCGUAACUACCUGUUCCUUUACCACAACAAUGUGACGGUGUCCGUAAUUUUAUUUAUGUUUAAUUCCCAGAGUAAAAUUAUUCAUAUUUUGUUCAUGCUGUGAUUUUCUAAUUGAACCUGUUUUAAAAUCUCUUUUAAUCCUGACAGGAUGACGCCUUGAACAGGUUCAUCGCCUUCUCUGGACAAGGACAGUCACUGCGCAAGAAGGGCAGAAAGCCUUAAAGGUUUUUAUGUGGAGAAAGACUGGCUGAUGUGCACAAACCCACCAAAUCUACCAUCAUCUUAAACAGCAGAGUAAUAAACUGACCCUGUGAUGCACUGGGAUUUUUCUCUGUGUCUUUCAAACAGAUGCUUUGCUGAUCAGUCUGGGUUGUGUAGUUGGAGGUGGGGAUGUUCAACUCCUCAAAAUGUGAGCUGCAUACCGUCGUUUCAUUAUCAGUAUUCACAAACCAAAGUGACUGAUCAGACCCUGGCCAAAUAAAAUGUACCACCACAAAACACAAAAGGAGAAAUUGGUGAAGAAUUGUUUCAUUGUUAUCAGGUUGGAUUUUAAUUUGAUAAAGCCCCUCUUCCUCGGUUUCCAACAAACCCUUAACGUUUACAGUUCACUUUGAAAUCUAUUGUUUUCAAGAGUCCCAUUUUUUAUGAUAAGUUGGGAACAAGUGUGGGUAAGUUUUCCUGCUUUUGGUUGCUAAGAAUUUAAUUUUGAAUUUGAUUUUUUUCUUGUGUUCAGACAUACUUUGGGAGUGUUUUUCCUUUUUUGUUUCUGGUUAAUUUAUAGACAAAUAAAGAGAAGUGCAUCAAAGUUCAUCUCCUGGAG